CUCCAUUUCGAAUUCCUCCCCGCUCCGCACGCGCACGGGCCUGAGAGCUCUGAACCCUUCCUCCUCUCCUGCGGCGGCGCCGGCAAGUCGGCAGCAACCAACCGGAGCGGGAGCGGGAGCGGCGAUGAAGAAGAUCUUCGGCGCCAAGAAGGACAAGGGACCUCCCCCCUCCAUCCAGGACGCCACCGAGCGAAUAAACAAGCGGGGCGAGACGGUGGACGAGAAGAUCAAGAAGCUGGACGAGGAGCUGGCCAGGUACAAGGAGCAGAUCCGCAAGACCCGCCCCGGCCCGUCCCAGGAAGCCAUCAAGGCGCGCGCCAUCCGACUCCUCAAGCACAAGCGCAUGUACGAGGAGCAGCGCAACAUGUUGUACAACCAAACCUACAAUCUCGACCAAGUUGCCUUUGCUGCCGAUGGCCUCAAGGACGCUCAGCAGACUAUGAAUGCAAUGAAGGCAGCAAACAAGGAGCUCAAGGGAAUGAUGAAAACUGUCAAAAUUGAUGAAAUUGAUAAUAUGCAAGAUGAAAUGACAGAUCUGAUGGAUGUGAGCAAUGAGAUACAAGAAACUCUUGGUAGAAGCUACAACAUCCCUGAUGACGUUGAUGAGGAAGAACUGAUGGGGGAGCUAGAUGCCUUGGAGUCUGAUAUGGAGUUUGAGUCAGCUGCAGUCCCCUCAUAUCUUCAACCAGAAUCUGAUUUUGAUGCUGACCUCAACUUACCUGCUGCACCAACUCGCCCUGCAGCAGUCCCAGCAGGCGGGGUGCAGGAGGAUGAGCUAGGAUUGCCAUCAGUGCCUCGAGCAUCUCUUCGCAGUUAGAAAUAUUAUUGUACCUUGAUUUUAAGUUCAUAUGAAAACUCUGUAGUUUGUGUCCGAGUCUGAACAAUCUGAUGUAUCCCUGUUUUCGUCAUGGUAAUGCUUCAGUCUAUUGCACUUGCUGUCUCUGCUGACCUUUCAGGUUCCUUUUGCUAAGAGUACGCUGAAUAUAAUUGUGACCGUUUAACGUA